GGAAUUUUAAAAACAGGCUUUUGUGGCCAUGAAAUGCACUGAGAUUUAGAAGACCUCAGUGUUGCAGGCAAGUCUUCAUUCAUCUUCCUUCCCAAGGAGUGAUCAUUACAGCCGGGAUUUCUCGCCUUCUCAGAAAUUCCUCCAAUUCCAAGUCCACGCUGUGACCACCAGCCCAGCCACCAGCCCUGACAGUCCAGGGGGACAGCCGGGCAGAAAUGUGCGUGUGGAAGCUCUGGGCUCUCUGGGUGCUGUCCUCUCUCCUGCUCGGCCUGGUCCCCGCCUCCGAGACAGAAAGCCCCUCCACCCAGGACAGUGGUGGUCCUUGGCGUCCAGGCCUGCUGAUGGAGGUCCUCCAGGAUCUGUCUGCAGGUGACCAUCCACCCCAGCGCCACCCAGGAAGCCCCCUCUGGACCUUGCUGGAAAAGUCUGCAUGCCCACGGAGGGCCGGGAGACCACCAGGGGACUGCAAUCAGUGCUUUGAGCCAGAUGCUCUGUUACUAAUGGCUGGAGGAGAUUCUGAAGGGUCACCGAGAGAGGAAGUGGCCCAGAGACUGUCGCUUCUUCUCCUCUAUUACAUUAUUCACCGGGAAGAGGUCUGCGCCUCCAAACUCAACAUGAGUCACGAAGGGUAUGAGUUUUACUUGCGCAGCCUCCUCAGCCUCCGGCAGGACGAAGACCCUUCCUUCCUGUCACAGAACGAGACCGAAGAUAUCCUGGCCCUCACCUGGCAGUACUUUGAGCCUUCAGGAAGCCAGUGUAUGGAAACCAGAACAUUGCUGGAACAGUCUGGAAUCCUGAGCAGUAAUGGUGCGGACGAAAAUACCCUUCCCCAGCUGGCAGCCACCGUGAUGGCCUUGUCCCUCCGAGGGGUUUGUCUGGGACAAAGACACUUACCUUCCCCAGACUACUUCACAAAAUAUAUUUUCACUUCUUUGAAUAGUACAAAUACUCUCCACCUCUCCGAACUAGACCUACUCCUCAAUACUCUCUGGGCCCAAAAUACCUGUGUCAGAAAGGAUAGUAGCCACCGGCUUCAAAGGAAAGAAAACAAUGUAGGAGUUCGUGCUUGGGAUUCCCCUAAUCAUCCUGCUUCCCGGAACCAAGAGGCAGAGGAUGGUCCAGAUUCCUGGGAUCAGACUUGCUUCUCUGCCCGGCAGCUGGUGGAGAUCUACCUACAAAGCAGCCGUGUGCCCAUUUCUAAGGAAGACUUUAAGCAAAUGAGUCCAGGGAUCAUCCAGCAACUGCUCAGCUGCUCUUGCCAGCGGCCUCUGCUCACCCCACAAGCAAAGCUGCCACCCACAGCUCUGGAGAAGUACGGCUACAGCACAGUGGCCGUGGCCCUGCUCACGCUGGGCUCCAUGCUGGGGACCACGCUGAUCCUUUUCCGAGGCUGCGAGGAGAACUACCGGCUGAUCUUACAGCUGUUCGUGGGCCUCGCCGUGGGGACGCUGUCUGGGGACGCUCUCCUCCACCUGAUCCCUCAGAUUCUUGGCUCAUACAAGCACGAGUCCUCAGACUUUGAACAUCUCCAUGAAAGCAAGGACCAUAUUUGGAAACUGUUGGGCUUGAUUGGAGGAAUUCAUGGAUUUUUUGUGAUAGAAAAAUGUUUUAUUCUUUUUGUAUCACCAAGUACUGAGGAUCUGUCACUGGUUCAUGGGCAUGGAGGACAGUCCCAACAUCUUGCUCUCAACUCUGAAUUAAGUGACUCAUCAGGCAGAGGCAAAUCAACUUCAACAAUCCAGUUGAAAGGCCCAGAAGAUUCACAGGCAGCUGAAAUUCUUCCAGGCAGUAUGACAUCCCCUCGCAGAAAACGCAAGAGCAUGAGCCUGCUGGCAAUAAUGAUUCUCGUUGGGGACAGCUUGCAUAACUUUGCCGAUGGCUUAGUGAUUGGGGCAGCCUUCUCGUCUUCAUUAGAGUCGGGUGUGACGACAACCAUUGCUAUCUUGUGCCACGAGAUCCCACAUGAGAUGGGAGACUUUGCUGUGCUGUUAAGCUCCGGUCUUCCCACCAAGCUUGCCAUCCUGAUGAACCUCGUCAGUGCUCUGACGGCCUUCGUUGGCCUCUACAUUGGUCUUUCAGUCUCUACGGAUCCUUGUGUCCAAAACUGGAUCCUAACAGUUACUGCUGGGAUGUUCUUAUAUUUAUCUUUGGUGGAAAUGCUUCCUGAAAUGACUCAUGUUCAAACACGGCGACCCUGGUUGAUGUUUCUCCUGCAGAACUUUGGAUUGUUUGUAGGUUGGCUUUCUCUCUUACUCUUGGCUAUAUAUGAACAAAAUAUUACAAUAUGAACUUCAAAACCCUUAAAAAUAAAUUUAUGUGGCCUCAUUUUGUUUCUUUCACUGCAUUCUAUGGAGAUUGGCACAUUUGGUUUUUAUAUUGUUCAAGAGAUGUCUUCUCUUUCCUUAACUUAUUAAUUUUAUAAUACAUUUUUUGUUUGUAUAGUGUGUCCUCUGAGUUCUUCGGCAAUAUGAUGUUCAUACCUUGCAGUAAUUCUUGAAUUUUAAAUUAUUUCUAAGCAUUAACAGCAUUGUUUCCUUAAUAAAGAAUGUGUGCAGUGUCUAAAGUGCAUAGUCGAUGGGUGGGAUAAAAUCUGCUUCAACUUCUUUGAUGUCAAUAAUAUGUAUAUUUUUUCCCUGAGAUCACAAACCACAAGCAAAAUUACAAACAAAUGUGAUGAAGUUUUAAUGUGAUGGUUUGUAUUACCUUCUAUGACUGGAUGUCAGGUUUGGAAUAUAUUGCUCACCCAACAAACAUGGAACAUUCACCUGCAAGCACUGCCCAUUGGCACAUAAAUGCUAAUAAGGAAGCAAACGUGUAAGCCAAGAGGAUACGACGUCAGCAAUCUUCUCGGUAAUCACCAAGUGAAAUCUUUUCUAUGCAAAAAGGACUGGAAACAAAAGAUGCAGUUCUGAUAUCUUUAAAAUAACAAAGCCUGAGCGGGAAGGAGAAGGAUGUAUAAACAUUCAGAUAUUUAGCAUAGGAAACAUAUUUUAUAUUCUCCAGGGAAACAGAGAACCCCAAACUUUGUGUCAGUAAGUAACUGCAUGCAAUAGGCAGGCAAAGUGGCUGACCUAGAAAAAUGAUUAAAAGAGAAAACAGCUCUGUGUUUUUAGUCAUUGUUUUUUGGAAAAUCAAUGCCUAUUAUUGGGCCUGAUAUAUUUCAACAAGGGAAAAAGUUCGUUUUUCUGCCAAAAUGACUCUUGGCAUUCAAAUACAUCCCCUGUCUUCUACUCAUCAGUGGAAAGGCCUGCUGUGGCCUGUCUUUUCAUAAAAUCUUUUCCAGUCACCUUUCUUUGAUUUCCAAAGUUACGUUCUUUCUUCAGGAGAGCUUGAUGGAAGUGGACUUCUCUAGAGAGUGAAAUGACUCCCCAAAGUUUGCAACGUGAGGAUCAACUCUGAAACCCAGGCAGGGGCUCGGCUUCAUCCCAACUGUUCCUGCUUCUGUGGGCCUGGGUGAGAGCUCAAUUUCGAACAAUUUACAGAUGAUUUGGAUGUAGGUACUGCUGGUCCUGAUUCCCCUCUGAGUUAGUUCUCUACUGAACAAGCAGAAAUCAGCAGCUCCUAGAAAGAGCAGGCGCACAAUGCAGGCACCCAAGAACCACGUGAUUUCUCUACAGUUGGAGUUUCCAGAGUCAAAACCUCCUUCUUUUUGCCUGCUUGUCUCUGAGCAUCAGAUGGGUCCCGGCUUGAGUACCGCAUGAAGACUCUGCUGAGAAUACAUUUAUUCACUUUUUCCUUUAUAAUAAAUAACCACCUGAGUAUUUCUGUA